GAUUUGCAUCAGUUGGGAUUUGGCUAGCAAAACAAAGCAAAGCUCAGGAACAACAAGAUUAGAAACAAUGAAAUUGACCCUCAUAAUUUUAGCUUGUGUGGCUGUCAUCGGCCUCAAGGCUGAUGCUGUCCAAAAGGAUAUGGCUUAUUUGGAGAAGCAAAAGUUCUUAUUCGAGAUCUUGUACCGUGUGGAAGAUCCUCUUCAAUUUGAAGAAUACAUCAAACUUGGUGGAAAUCUAAACAAUGAUUCGUCGAAAUAUCAGAAAUACGACAACUUCAUGAGCCAGUUCUAUGCUACGUACAAGGUUGGUGGUCUUCUUCCCAAAGGAGAAUACUUCAGUGCUGUGCAGAAAAUUCACGCCAAUCAGGCUUUUGGACUUUUCAACUUCUUCUACUACGCUAAGGACUACGAGACACUGGUGAAAAACAUCGCAUGGGCUCGUAUGAAUGUCAACGAGGGUAUGUUCGUCUAUGCCUUGACACUUGCCGUCAUCCACCGUCCAGACAUGAAGGGCCUCAUUCUUCCAUCAAUCUUCGAAAUCUUCCCACAACUGCACCUUAAUGCCAAAUCCGUCUACCAAGCUGAGAAAUUCGACUCUGAUGCCUACAACAGGAGAAUCAUGCUCGAAAAGGAACUUAAAUCCAUCUAUGAAAAAGACACAGUUCUGGAAAACUGCGAUCAUUUCUACUUGAAGGACUGGAAGACCUGGCAAUGGUGGAAAUUGAUGGGUUUGGAAGAGAAAUUCUACACUGAAGAAAAAACUUUCCUCCGAAACAACAGUCAAGAACUAAUGAACGACCCCAAGAUGAAACAAUUGUUGAAGGAUGUUGAAGCUUACUAUCUACCAGUUGACUACACCCGUGACAUCGGAAUCUUAAACGAGGAAUCCAAAUUGAGCUACUUCACUGAAGAUGCUGGUUUGAACGCUUACUGGUACUACCUGAACAUGGACUACGCUGACGUUCUCAGUGGCCAAGAAUACAGUUUGAACAAGGACCGUCGUGGAGAAUUAUGGAUUUUCAAUGUGCAACAACUUUUGGCUCGUUACUACAUGGAACGACUUUCAAACGGUUUGGGAGAAGUGGGUGAAUUUUCAAUGUACGGAACUGUCCAGACGGGCUACGAUCCACAAUUGGUUGCUUACAAUGGAAAAGGAUUCAAUUACAGAAAGAACAACUUCAACAUGAUGUCAAACCCGGACAUGGACUUAGCUAUUCGUUUGAUUGCUAUUGACCGUAGAUUGGUUGAUAUGAUUGACAGAGGCAAGUACAACACCAGCAAUGGCGUAGAAAUCGAUCUCAGCAGCCCAAAAUCUAUUGAGUACAUUGGUAGUUUGAUGCAAGGAAACGCAGAUGUUUUGGACAAAACCUUCUUCGGACAUUUUUAUCCUCUUCUUAACGUCUACUUGAGUGGAAGUCAUGUUGGAGCGUUGAAUAUCCAGCCUCACGCACUCCAGAACUACGAAACCAUGCUACGUGACCCACUUUCGUACCAGAUCUUCAAGAGAAUUGCUGACGUUUACUACAAAUUCAAGAACCAACUGCCUUCAUACAAACGUGAGGAACUUAACGUUCCCGGUGUCAAGAUCCAAGAUGUUGAAGUAAGCGAAUUGAAGACAUAUUUCGAUUUGGUCGAUCUCGAUAUGACCAACUUGUUGAACGAGAAAAUGGUAUUUGCCGAUGGAAAACUCGUGUGGGACAAGACCCUGUUGGCCCGUCAAAUGCGUUUGAACCACAUCCCAUACAACUACAACAUCAAGGUCCAAUCUGAUGCCCCCAAGAAGGUCGUUAUCCGUACCUACCUUGCCCCCGAAUUCGACCAAAAUGGCCAAAAGAUCGAUCUAUUGAGCAACCGUCAGAACUUCUUGGAAAUUGAUAUUUUCAGCCAUGACUUGCCCGCUGGUGAAACCAUCAUCAAGCGUCAAUCAAAGGAUACCUAUUUCAACACCAACGACCAAUCCACUUACACCGAGCUUUACAAGAACGUUAUGAUGGCAUACGAAGGCAAACAAGAGUUCUCAUAUGGAAUCAGUGGUGCUCAUUGCGGAUACCCAUCCAGAUUAGCCCUGCCUCAUGGUUGGGUUGAGGGCAUGCCAAUGCAGUUAUUCUUCAUCAUCAGUGAAAGCAACAUCGAAUCACAAGGGGUCCCCAGUUUUGAUCCUAAGACCUCAUGUGGUAUUGGGGGAGGAGCUCGUUACGUAGACAAUCUUCCCUUGGGUUAUCCAUUCGACCGGAAGAUUGAAAACGUUCAAGAAUUCUUGGUACCAAACAUGUUCUUCAAGAACGUUAAGAUCUACCAUCAGGACAAACUCGAAAAAUACUACCCAAUGAAGUAUGAAAUGUACGGAAACUUCGACUACAACUAUUAAGAAAAAUCAAGAUGAAAAACAAAUUUAAGCAAAUGUGAUGCAUGUCAAGAGUCUCUUAGAAUAAAUGUACAUAUACAUAUAUACAAUAUAA